AGCUUUAUAAACAGUUUGAAGUAUGCAUAUCCACGUUCCAUAUAUGCAGCCAUUUAACAACACAAAGCUUGUUUUGAUCCUACACUCUUUAUCGUUAAAGUGUUAAAUUGAGAGAGUGCUGUAACAUUUGCUGCGUGGAAAUAAUCUCCGUGGGCUUGUAAUUAAUUUCAUCCAUUACACGACGUACAUAUUUCUGUAUCCUUGCAUGCAUAAAGCAGUCCUUAGCCGUGGUUGGUGCACAAAAUGCAAUAACAAUUUUUUUCCAUAAGUGGUAUCAUUAUGCAGAAGGAAGCGAUGAGUGAGUUUCUGCCUGGUUACAAGAACUACGACGCAGUAAAAUAUAACCACAACAUUAUAGUGCUGGUGGUAGUACAUAUUGUCGUGUUAAAUAUGUGGCUGGUAUUUGUUGACCUUUUUUUAUCUGGGGGUAAACAUAUAGCGUAACUAUCUAUAUUUACCAACAAGUGUCAGAUCGCUUGCGGUUUUAUCAAGUGGGAUGGAUUCGACAGCUCAUGAAUUGCAAAUUGCUUCAAUAUGCAUGAUGAUGAAUUCAGUAGAGGUGAAAAUAUUGAAUUUUUUAAUGUCUGAUAAAAUUAGUGGACUUUGCACUGUAAACUUAUACUCAAAUCUUUCAACUACUUCUCUUACGUUACUGGUAAAUACUAGUUCGUGGUGUUAUUUUACGAAAUUGGAGUCAAAUUUUGUUGACCCCGGUAGUAGUAGAAGCCAGUAUAUUUCAGUUUAACACAUUCUCGGAUGUAUGAAUAAGUUUGUGAUGGUGGAUCAAAAAUGGUUGCAUAAAAUAUUUUGCAUUGUUUUUUAUGAUAAAAUGAAACAAGUCGAACUAAUGUCUGAACUCAAAUUGAUGAUGAUCGUAGCCAAAUACAAAUUCAAUUUAUGAUCUAAUUUAUUGUAAAGGUGAAAAGAAUUGUUGAUUAAUUAAAUUAAAAAUGAUAAUUUAUUGGAUAAGUUUAAUUGAGUAGUCGUGGUUUAUCUGUUAAAGUGGCUUCUGCUUAUGCAUAACGAUGACCUUCAACACAAGUAAUAAGUGGGCAUCGAACAACUGUUGGCUGGAAAAUUACAUUUUAAUUCCUAAAGUAAAUAAGUGACUUAUCCUCUGAAAUGAAACCGGAGUCGGGUAACCCCCCACCACCACCACCACCACCGGUGAUAAGUCCCUUGCAGAAUUUCAUUGCAGGGGGAUUUGGAGGAAUGUGUCUCGUAAUUGCAGGCCACCCCUUUGACACAAUUAAGGUGAGAUUGCAAACAGCCUCAAAGAUCUCAACGACAGCAAACGGGGUAGUUUACUCAGGAGCGUUGGAUGCGUUUAGAAAAACUUUUGUGCACGAAGGACUCGUCGGAUUUUACAAAGGAAUGGGCACUCCGCUUAUAAUGACCACACCACUUUUUGCAUUGGGGUUCUUUGGGUACGGCGUCGGGAAGGACAUCGUCUCCUAUUUGUCCCCAAAGAGUUCGGAAGAGGAACGAAAGCGAAAUGGUGGGAUGAUGUCACCACUCCAACUGUUUUGUGCUGGGGCCAUUUGUUCAUGUUUAACGACGGUGGUGGUGACCCCUGUAGAAAGAAUUAAAUGUCUUCUGCAGGUCCAAGUACAAAAUAGCAAGUCUCCUCCAGUAAAUGGCAAUUCUUCGCCUAAAUUCAACGGCCCAUGGCACUGUGGCACUACUCUGUUAAAAGAGGGAGGCAUUUCCAGCUUGUACAAAGGAUUUGGGGCUACUUUUAUGCGAGGCGUCCCACAAGUAGGCUUGUAUUACAUGACAUAUGACGUUCUUAAAAUGAAGAUUGGAGGUGGUUCCCCACUGUCCCCUGCAAAGACGAUGCUGGCUGGAGGACUGACUGGAAUUAUAAAUUGGGCCAUUGUUCUUCCUUUAGACGUUGUAAAAAGUAGAGUUCAAACGGCCGCUGAAGGCCUAUAUCCGCGAGGGGUGAGGGAUGCAUGGCCAGCUCUGUUAAAGACUGAAGGUCCCAGAGGAUUGUACCGUGGAAUUGUGCCCGUGUUCAUUAGAGCGUUUCCUGCCAAUGCUGCCUGUUUCUUUGGAUUUGAGACUGCUAUUAAAUUUUUACAUUUUGUAGGAAUUUGAAAAAUAAGAAAAUAAAUUGAACUAUUUUUUUAGCAAA